UUUCUGCAGAUUUCAUGCUUAAUUGUAUAGAAAUCAGUACUGAAUCUUGAUCUUGAAUCUUAAAUCUUGAGUCCUGAUCUUGUUCAACAGAUCCAUGCAAUCAUCCAUGGGCUCCGGGUUUUACGGUUUUCGCGGUUUCUGCACCAUUCUGGUUCUCCUCUCUGUUCUUUCAUCUAUCUCCAUACUCUACUGGUCUCAUUCCUCUGUUUCCUUCUACUUCCAUGAACAAAGACCGGAACCGGGGGUGGGACCUGGUCUGAACCACCCGACCGAUCUCCUAACGUUCCCAUUGGCAUGGAACCACCUUUCGUUUCCGUCAAACCCGCCUCAGAGACUCCUCAAGAUUGCACUUUUCGUUAAGAAAUGGCCGGACGGGUGUCACGCUGGCGGGCUGGAGCGGCAUGCUUUGACGCUCCACCUUGCUCUUGCUAAACGUGGCCACGAGCUUCAUAUCUUCACCACUUCCUCUUCUGAUUCCAACUUUUCUUUCCCAAAAUACCCUUACGGGAACCUAUAUUUCCAUCUUUCGAAACCGACGGGUGCGGGUUACCUUGACCAAGCUCUGGUUUGGGAGCAAUUCCGAGCUCAAAACUUGAUGCAGAAACCGUUUGACGUGAUUCACACAGAGAGCGUAAGCCUGAUGCAUACUCGGUCACGGAACAUUUCGAAUCUGGCGGUUUCUUGGCACGGAAUUGCAUACGAGUCCAUGCAUUCGGAUAUCAUUCAAGAACUCCUACGAGCACCCGAUGAACACCCAGCUAACCGGUUGACAGAAAGACCUAUAAAAGUAGUCGAAGAGAUUAAGUUCUUCCAGAACUACGCGCACCAUGUGGCCACCAGCGAUCAUGUGGGCGACAUCUUGAAAAGAAUCUACAUGAUCCCAGAUGAUCGAGUCCACAUCAUACUCAACGGUGUCGAUGAACACGUUUUUAAGCCAGAUCACCAAACAGGUCAAGAUUUCCGGUCCAAUUUCGGAAUCCCACCAUCAAAAUCAUUGAUUCUAGGAAUGGCGGGUAGGUUGGUCAAGGAUAAAGGACACCCGUUAAUGUUCGAAGCCCUGAAGCAGCUAUUCGUUGAAAACUCGACUUUCCGGGAAACCGUGGCUGUUCUAGUCGCCGGAGACGGUCCAUGGGGUGCUAGAUACAAAGAUCUUGGACCGAACCUAAUCAUUUUGGGGCCACUACAACAGGGUCAACUGGCUAGAUUCUAUAACGCCAUAGACAUUUUCAUGAACCCGACUCUUCGGGCUCAAGGUUUGGAUCACACUUUAUUGGAAGCGGUCCUUUCUGGGAAGCCAUUAAUGGCUACAAAGCUUGCAAGCAUCACGGGCUCGGUGAUUAUGGGGAAGGAAGUCGGGUAUACGUUUUCGCCAACUGUCGAUUCGCUCAAGAAAUGUCUUUAUGAGGUUUGGGAAGAUGGGAGGGGAGUUUUGGAGCAGAAAGGUUUGGUGGCAAGAGAAAGAGGGAUUAAGCUUUUUACUGCAACAAAAAUGGCAGCUGCAUAUGAAAGACUAUUUUUAUGCAUCUCAAAUGGUGAUAAGAGCCAAGAUUACUGUAAAUAUUAGCCUAAAAGGGUGCCGUUGGUAGGCAGAUAUGACAGGACUGGACGGGGUAUUAGGGUUUUAAUCUGACAUGAGUAGCUUAGUAAUUUAUCAAGUUUGUCCUAUCUCUUUGACUUUUGUUCCACCUACUUUGGUGGCCACUUAACCCUGUCUUGUCCUGAUCUAAUGU